AGAAGCUCAGCAGAUGCUUUCAAUGUGACCUACAGUACAACAACAGUACACAAAUCACAUUACAGAGAAAUACCAGGACAAGCAGCUGACAAUACACAAUGCUUGCCAAGCUAGGCCUUAGUCACCAAGAAGAAACUCCUUACAACUGCAGGUAUAAUAAAACUUUGCUUACUAAUUACUUUAACUCGUAGCCAGGAUGCUUGGUAAGAAGCAAACUAAUUAAGUUUGUUAAGCAUGUCUAAUUUCUUUCGACAAGGAUCAUGCUGAUGGUUGUUGUUUUUUUAUAUUUGAUGAGCUGUUAUGUUAUUGAUUGACCCAAUAGUCAACAAUGUGCAAUGUUGCACAGUGACAGUAUAUUACCCAUCCCAAAAUCUACUGCUGUGUCUUUAGGUCCACUAUUAUCCAUGAAAACGACUGCAUUAUUAUAUUAUAGAGAACACAUGCACUGCCAGCACAUAAUGUGAAACAUUUGGGCUUGGUAAGCAACAAACAUGCAUCAACAGUAAAGAGGCCUAUAGAAUGGUAUAGCAUAAGAUAAGCGUAACAAAAGCAGUGCUACGACAGUCGAGCAAGGAUAUAUAUACACACAUAUAUCAGGCAAUGACAAAUGGAGAACGUGAGAAGCUUCUUUGCUGAACUAUGCUGACACGAGGAGCAGCUGUCACUAUAGCCUCACAUUAUUGACCUCUGUUUUACUGCUCCGCAAGUACAAUAGUGUCUUACGGAUGAGCAUUUCUUUAUAAACACACUUAGGAAAAUGCGAAUGUCUCAAAUGUUUGGUAAAAAUGGUGGCAGACAGAAUAUGAGAGGUGGACAGCUGCUAAAGAUGAGUUUGAAGAAUUAAACCCAUGCCACCUGUUCUUGGAUUACAAUGAACAUUUCAGAAAUUCAUUGCACUCCAAUUCAGAUAAGUAAAUCAGAGGCUAGAUUAAAUAAAAUGAGUCUAGAGUUUGACAUCACAACUCAAUCAAUUAAUUCCUGAUAUUUUUGGGCUUACCCUACUUGGUUGCUUUUGGAAGAGUGACAUAUUUAAGAAGCAAGUAAAUAAACAAUAAGUAGCAUUAUUUAAUCUAAUGUCCGACGUUGGCAAUUUUAUGAUGACGAGAGAGGAGAAAAUAUAUUUGACUUGCUUUCUGAAUUAAGUGUGCCAUCCUAAAAAAUUCAUGGUGAGAGUUGGGAUUACAGUGCUGGAAAGGCUUUGGGCCAAAAAUGACACUAAAAUGAACAAAAUGUCCCCAAAAUUCAAAAUAAAGGACAAUUAAGCUCUAUUGCGACUGUCACGAUUAAAUUGAAAUGUGAAAUGUGAAAUGAAAAGGCAUUACAUUUACAGUAGAUUUGCUCAUGUUGCAUCUGAUUUUUUUUAUGCACGGUGUCCAGCGUUGAGCAUAAUAACAAAUCACACGUUUCAGUUUUUGUGUCAUGUACAUGAGCAGCAUGUGUAAAUAAACAUAAAUGCCAUGUCAGAUGCAGUUUUUGUUCUACCUUAGUAGUGUAAAGAUAGCUUUUGUGGCAACAAUUUACAAUAAGGUUACAUUUGUUAACACAAUAGCAUUUAUUAAUCUUAGUUAAUGUUAAUUUCAACAUUUACUAAUACAUCAUUAAAAUCAAAGUUUCUUUUGGUUAACAUUAGUUAAUGCACCUUGAAUGAACACAAACAAACAAUGAACAGCUGGAUUUUUAUUAACUAACAUUAACAAAGAUUGUAAUAAAUGCUCAUUGAUAGGUAAUGUUAGUUAAUAAAUUUACUAAUGUUAACAAAUGAGACCUUAAAGUGUUACCGUCUUUUGCUGAUGUUGAAAAAAAAAAGAGAUUAGUAACAGUCUAUGGUAUUGUGAUUGAUUAAUUGAAGUAACUUGUUAAAUUUAAGUUUUUGACAUAAAAAACAACACAGAUAUAUUUAAUGAAGUAAUUAUAAAAAUUGCCCCAAGGGUAAACAAAAAGAAAAAAUGACCCUGUAAAUCAGUUUCUCCUUAAAGGAAAAGUUCAUUUCUGACCCUGUUGGAAUGAUACUGAAUGUUUGCUCCAAAACAUUAAUAAGGUGUUUAAAACAAAAUAAAAUCAUCAUAUUUAAUGAUAUUAUGUUGUUGUAAAAAUUAUGUGAUAUGAGAUGUACUGCAUGUACUAAAAAUAUUAUACCAUUCUUGUCCCCAUAAAAAAAAAAAAAGAAGAAGAAAAAAGAGAGCGUGAGAGAGAGAGACCAGGUCCUUUGUGAGUUAUAUAAUGGCAAUGGCCUAGACAGCGUCAGAGUGGAAUUUACCCAAACUCUAUUUCUUGCUAUGCAGAGCUACGGAGGGGGAUGGGAGAGCACUGUGUUGCAGUGUAAUAAAAUGCAGUGAGGUCAGCCUAUAUAUUAAAGUGGGGGUGGGUUCAGGGUAUGAAACCCCAUAGGGAUACUGAAAGUAAGACUAGGGUUAAAGGAAAGGGGUUGGGGAGGUUGGGGGGCACAAGCUGGCUUCAUCUUUCUCCUCAGCACACAAACCAAACACAUGCUAUUGUAUUCCAAGAGACAGAAUAUAGAUAAGCAGGGUGAUGGAUAUGGAGGUACUUAGAUUCAUUAUGUAACACGUCCCCUGUGGAUGGUUAUAAACAAAGAAACACACACACACACACACAUACACACAUAUAUAUAUAUAUAUUGUGCAUUGCAUAAAUUAUAUUUACAGCAAUAUAUCCACAAUAAAUCGUGUUAGCACACAGUCAUGCCCACACACAGACCAUUGAAACCUCUGUAUGUACACCUGUCCAUCUGACAGAUGGGAAUGGGGGAGGGGUGGAGAGAGAGAGAAUGAGGAUGACGGUAUAGGAGAGAAAAUGGGUCAGAGGAAGAAGCAGAGGAUACAGAAAAAGGACGCACACGUGUACUAAAAACUGAAAGGAAAAUAAUCAAACAGACAGAAUUUAAGAACAAAGCCACAGGGGGACAUUGCCUAUAUUGAUUCUAGAUGUUAUUUUAAGCUCAUACACUACAAGAUCUUGAUCAAAUGAAUCACACUAUGAAUCAUUGUGAAUAUCCAUGACAACAGUAUCAGAGUGCUAAAAACAUCCAUGUGAAUGUGUCUGUGUAAAUGUGUGUAAUUCAGCCUUGCCUCUAGAAAUCUGUUUUCUUGGUUUAAUCUCAACUCUAAUCAGAGCAAGGUCAGUCUGGGGCAGGGUUUGUGUGUGUUUGUGGUUAGAAAUAAAUUCUCCAAGAAAGUAGAUCUUAUAGAAAAUUGCGUUCCAAAGAUAUUUUCCGAAAGCUCUGAAUAGGCAGAUGUUAAUGGCUCGUAAAUAACUCAAAAGGAUUUAUUGUGGGUCGGAGCAGGGCAGAGGUUUGCGUGUGUGUAUGUAUGUGUAAGAAAGCAGAAGAGAGAGACAGCAACAGAGCACAUGGUGUGGACUGAGUGUAAAUUAGGACCAAGGCCAUUUAUAUGAGGAAGGGGAAGGUGGUUGUAAAAAGAGGACACAGCGUGACCUAUACACACUCACAAAAAGACUUGCUAAGAGAACUGCUUUUCUUGCAGGAAAUUCUGCAUGGUCUAAACUUUGUAUGAACUCCAUUUGCGAAUGUUCAACUUUCGAAUAAACUGGGAAAAUAUAGAUGUGUAUAGCUGAUCCAAAUAGAGCAAGAACACAAGACCUUUUAACCCUUUCACACAUAGAGGUCUCUACAGUGGACAGCUAUUCAAAAAACUAUACUUUUACAAACCUCCCAGUUUGUCUAGGGGUAGGAGGAUGUAACAAUUAUUGUACAUAAAAUAAAAAUAAUAAAAGAAACAAAAGUGACUGAUGGUCACUUUGAUUCCCUGAUCCAGAAAAGCAACAAACACCAAAUUAAGCAAAAUAAACUUUAUUUAAUAAGUUCAAAGAUAACAACAAAAAGAAAAAAUAAAGAAAGAAAGGGGGCAAAUGUUCAGGAGAGAGCCAGACCAACAUAAACAAAACUCUCUAACUGACAAGGGUAGCAUUAAAUACAAAAGAAAAACAAACCACUCUGUUAUAAUGUUUGGGAUCUGCAACAUGCACUCAGCUGAUGAGCAUCAGUUGGAACUCAAUUAACGACCUGCAAACGAGACAGACAGGAGAGAGAGAGAGAGAGAAGGAGAGAGAGUGGAGAGCACGUACACAGCACAUGACAUGCUCAACAAAUACAAUCACUCUCCCCAAAUCACACAUAUAUUACAAAUACGUCCAUUGGAUGUAAUAAUGGGUUUUGAUUGCAGGUGCACAUUAACCACUACAGUGGACACUAGUGCAUCAUCCUAUACACUGCCACCAAGUGGCAAGCCGUUGUAUGUGGAAUCUUUUUCUUCUUCUCCAAACCAAGAUGGCUGACAGUGAGUCAGAAAUGCCAAGUUGCUCCGGAUUAUCAUUCCAUUCUUUCUAUCCUAGGAGAGGUUUGCAGAGACAUCAAAGAUCUGACUGAGUUGGCAAUACAAGAAAAACAGAAAGAAAGAAGAAAAAAGCUCAUUCAAAAUGGUUGAUGGUAAGACUUACAGGUAUAGCGGUCCAGUGUGAAGUCAGUAUAACAACACGAUAAAAAAAAACAGACAAAGCAGGAAACAGGCAGAAGAGAAAGUCAGUGUUGGUUUAGCUCGUCAACCAUGAGCAGCAACUUUCUUUGUGCUCUUUUCAUACUUGCCUUCCUGGAAUCAGGCAAAUCAAACAGUGAUAUAUCUAUCAAUCACAGCCGAGAUAGAGAUGGCCAGAACAUUACCUGUGUCCUCUUAGGGGAUGAAAAUAUGACACAAAUCAACUGGGAGAUGCUAAGAGGCACGAAUCGCACCAAACUGGGGAUGUAUCAUCCAUAUUUUGGAACUCACAUAAAUGAUGAAUAUAAGACUAAAGUGAAGAUACAGAACAAAACAUCUCCACGUCCAUCAUCAUCCCUUCUCAUUAAAGUAGCAUCAAAUGAGAGCGUGCAUAUCUGUUGUGCGUUCAUAACAUUUCCUUCGGGUAAACUGGAGCAGUGUACUGAUAUCAGUAAGAAAGAUGACAGUGUCAAUGCAUCUACAAUAAAAGAUUUUAGUCACAUGAAACAAGAAGCAAAGCUGGGACUACUUGGACGUUUGGGUGCAAUGAUCAUUGGAACGAUUCUUUCCCUCUUCAUCCUAACCAUCCUGUUCUACUUAUGCAAAAUUAACAACUGCAGAAGGAGGAAGUCUUUUGAAAUACGAACAUACCAGACAGACUCGCCAGCUGAGACAAAUACAGAAGAAACACACGAUGCACCAACUUCUCAAAGUUCUCCAAAUGGCUUUGACCCGUCAAAACUUUAUGCCAAGAUCAAAAAUGACCUUUUCUAUGGCCGGCUGUGGAAGUCUUACCAAGGCCAACCUAAAGCAUGGACUCAAGAAUCCCCCACAGGUGCUCAAGAGCGUUAAGAUUGGGUGAAAUACAUGUCCACAGAAGGUUUUUCACCUUGGGAGAAUGCAUAUCGUCAUUGUCAUGUUGAGAAAAUGCCCAACAACGCAGGAAAUGAGGAAAGGGUAACAUCUUCUGUUUCAAGUUUUUGUAUUACAUCACACAGUGGUGUGGGAAUUCAUGACAGCAUUGAUAAAGCACAACUCCCUCACACCUUCAGCACUCAUACAUCCCUAUAUAAGAGCUUUACUACCACUGAACUUUACUGUGGGAACUUUACUGUGUACUCCUCCUCCUGUGUACUCCUGCAACACCAUAACAUUUUGGAUGAUUAUUUCAG